CAUAAAGGUUGACAGACACGGACAUGGAUGAGGUCACAAAAGGUCUAUGAAGCCAUCGACCUCUGCUGUUGCACUCACAGGCUACUGCUGACACAGAGGCACGCCUCGGCGGUCAUCCAACGUGGCAGCGACAGAUCCGCCCAGUCUCCCAGCACCUGCACACGUACCGACACAGCACAGAUGGACACACGGCACAUAUGUGUGUAGGUAAAAGUGGUGGCCCUUCCCCUGUGCGGCACCGACCUGCCACACCUCCACAUCACCACACGGGAAGUCGCACCUCCAUAUCAGCCGCUCAGCACCUGCACACAGACACAGCAGCGUUGGGCCACGACCAGAGAUUGAUGUGCCCUCUCUUACCCUCACCCACCCACCUGCCAGAUUUCCAUCUCAUCGCACGUGAAGCUCAUGGACUGCGCCAACAUGCCGCUGCCCUUCUCCGUGUACCCCCCGCUGUAGCCGUCGGGCAUGUCAUUCUUGAUCCACUGAUGGCAGCGGCUGAGGUCGGCUGCAGGGCCAGGAUUGGCACGGCCCAGCCACAGAUAGCCGCGGGCGAUGCAGACAUUCGCACGCGGCUCGCCCUUGUCGUUCUUCACCGCCCCCUGUGUGCCGGCCACGUCCACCUGCUGCCUGUCCUCGGGUAUCUCGAUCUUGGUGGGCUUCUCGUACGCACCCGACAGGGAAAAGAGGAAGAUGGGCACAUCGUAAUCGUUGGUGUCGUUGGGGUCGUCUGGUGGUGUGAGGGGGCCGUCGACGAAGCACCCGAAUCGGUGUGUGUGGCCAUCUCGGAGGGCGAACAGCAGGCCGCUCUUGCCGGUGACCUUGUUGAGGAAGGACUGAUACCCAAACGUGUCACGACUCGACCUGACAUCGACACACAACAACGAUGUCUGUGUGCCCGGCAUGUCUGUCUGAGUUCACUUGUACAGCAGCGACGGCGCCACGGCGAUCCUCUUGUCGGCCAUCUUCAUCACCGCCAGCCACUCGUCGGCCGUCUUGAUCAAAGCGGACGCCCCCGCCGCCCCACCGACAGGCGGCACCGUGUUGAGGCCGUACAUUCCCAACUCGACACCGAAGAUGGCCUUCUCGUGCGCCGCCACCACCGGCGGAUGGACGAACCGGCCAGACGGCAUCACGGCCAAACGGCGGGCAAAGUCCACGAUGAGCUGCAGAAAUCUGAGCGACGUCUGGCGGGCCUCCUGAUCGGGCCACUGAUCGCUGAAGAACAAAAAACCACACACACAUCGAUGCUGUGUGUGCCGGGGGUCUUAUGACACCCACAUACACACACACACAUACACACACACACACACAGGCACAUAGGACACCACACAAGAUCCCCAGCGUUACGGUCCUUACGGAUUGUAUCGCCUGACGAGGGCAUGGUUCGGUCCGAGGUAGGCCAGAUUGCGACGCAGGAUCGACACCUGCUCGUCCUCGACAGUGAGUGACAUCACCGCGAUGUCCUCCUCGCUGCUGUCCCCCUUGACGAACGGCCGCAUGGCCGUCAGGACGGCCUCCAUCUUUUCCUUCUGCCUCUGCAGCUCCUCGCGGACGAGCCAGUAGCUGCUCAUGUACUGCACUAUCUUCUCAAACGCCUCAUCUACUCCCUCCCUGUCACCACUGCCCCCAUCUCGCCCCUCUUGGACGUUCGCAUGAGCCAUGUCCAUAUCGGCCUGCUCGGCUCCCCCUCCAGCUGCCCCUGCCGCUGCCGCUGCAGCCGAUGUGGCCAUGGCCUGUGGCUGCUCCUCGACGUCGAUCUCGCCGGCCAAGCUCUGCAUGAAGAGGGAGUGGUACUCCGAGUAUGAGGGAUCUUCACUUUGGGGCGAAUGGAUGGCGACCUCGUCCAAAUGGGGGCUCUCGAGCAGCGCCAGUUCGUCGCGCAGCCAGCGGAAAUACGCCGGGUGCAUCUCGAGGAAGGGCAAGUUGUUCUCGUCCUUCGGCAGCUGGUCGGUGAAGUGCAGCAGCAGCGUCGAGAGGUAAGUCGUCUUCAUCUUGCGAUGCAGGAGCCGCUUCACCGAGAUGGAGAAGACCGUGCCGCCCACGUUGAGCUGCAUGCGGCCGUCCUUCUGCUGCGGCUCGAUGGUGCCUCCGUUGUCCGUGAUCAGCUGCUUGAUGCUCCCAGCCAGCGCCUCGAUUUCCUUCUCCGCCAGCUGUUUUGCCGUCCUGGUGAUCUGGCUGAAGGUGUCCACAGAGGUAGCCGCGGCCUUGACGGAGAUGCAUGGCCAUCUUGGCGGCCGACCCCAGCCCGUCUACCGCAUUGGCUGCCUCCUUCACGAGCGCAUCUCACGGCCACUCGUCACGCUGCGGAGCUGCGAUGGGGCGGCGAUGGACUCACCACCGGCUGCGUUGGCCAUUGCUAAAUCUGGGGAAUGGCAGAUUCCGCUUGCU